AUGCGAGUCCACAUACAAUUGCUCCUUGCAGCAGUUGCAAUCACGCAUGCUACCAAAGUCGAGCCAACAACUUUCGUCGGUGUGAGCAAGAAUAAUUCAUCUACUGAGUCAAGCUCUACUGCGGCUAGAGACAAAGGCGACGGGAUGACGAAUGUGAACGUUUUGGUAAAAGAGGUUCUUGCCAAAGAGAAGACAAGAAGAACUAUUGCCACUAGUAGUCCGACUAAACCCUCUGAAGAGUCAAUUAAUACUGCGGGUAGAGACGACGGCGAAAGGAUGUUCGCGAGGUUAAGCGAAAUGGUCGGAAAGGCAAAGGAUGCAGUAAAAUCUAAUGUCGUUGCGAAAACCGACAUUUCACAAGCUGAAGCGCAUGGAAUUAUUUCGAAAGUGGCCACGAAGGAUGGAAAAGAUUCAGCCUCCGCGUUCGCUAAGUUGAAGAAGAAAUUUGAUGACAAACAAAUUGCAAAGAUCAUCGUAUAUGCGAAGACGGAACCAGCACAUAACGACGUCGCUAUCAAUUUGGAGAAAGCGCUAAUGGAAUAUUGGAAGGAGAAGAAGAGUUGUGGUGGGGGGGGAAAGGGGGGAAUCUGUUAA